AUGAUCUUACCCAUUCUUUCAGCUUUUUCCACGAACACCUCUGCUUCAGUACAACGUCCAGUUGCGAGAACUUCGUCCCAACUCCCGUCAUCCCUGGUUCGCCAGCAGCAAGCCCUCCCACAGGGACUCGACCUGUACCGUCUGGCGAGGAUCUCUGCAGAGAUUUUAACCUCCCAAUCAUGUCUAAAUUCGACGCCCCCUGCCGCAAGCAACAUCGAGUCUGCGCUACUCCGAACCAAGACCAAGAACCAGCUAAAGAAAGAGCGUCAAGAGCAUGCAAAGGCACUCGAAGAGGAGGCCAAGACGAAAGAAGUGGUCAAGCCGAGCGUGGAGGAGCCAGCUCAGGAGGAAAUGGUCAGUCGCAAGAAGAUAACGGAGAAUUAA